AUGGCACAAAGCGCAGCUUCCGCGCUGAGGCUCAGCAACGCCAACCUUUCCAAGUUCUCGCAGGUCGAGUCGACACCUAGCUACAACCGAACAAACCUCAAGCAUGGCAUCGUACACGUCGGUGUGGGUGGUUUCCACCGAGCCCAUCUUGCUGUCUACGUUGACAGGCUUCUCUCCAAAUUCCCCGAAUGGUCGAUCUGCGGUGUCGGACUUACGCCAUUCGACUCCGCUAUGCGGGAUGCAUUGUCACCACAGGACUACCUGUACACUGUCAUAGAGCGCUCCGCUGGAGGCAGCACCGCACAUGUUAUCGGAUCGAUCACAGACUACAUUUUCGCACCCGGAAAUGAAGAAGCUGUGAUUGCGAAGAUGGCCCACGCAGACACCCACAUUGUCUCCAUGACCAUCACCGAGUCCGGGUACUACUACAACGAGAACACACACGAACUCGACGUGACAGACCCAAACAUUGUGUUAGACCUCGCAGGCGAUGGACCACCAAAGACGAUCUACGGCUACUUGACUGCUGCACUGGCACGGCGAUUCAAGGCUGGCCUCAAGCCUUUCACCGUCAUGUCUUGCGACAACAUGCAGAAGAACGGACACAUCAGCCGUAACAUGUUGCUUGCCUUCGCACGUCUCAAGGAUCCCAACAUGGCUGCAUGGCUCUCCGAGAACGGAGCGUUCCCCAACAGCAUGGUGGACCGAAUCACCCCACGAACCGUGGAUGAGGACAAGGAGAACCUGAAGAGGGAGUUCAGCGUUGAAGAUGCUUGGCCCGUUGUUACCGAGCCCUUCAUGCAAUGGGUGCUCGAAGACAACUUCAGCGACGGAAGGCCACCAUUCGAGGAUGUUGCCGUCCAGGUUGUGCCCACAGUCAGAGACGUCGAACAGUUCGAGUUGAUGAAGUUGAGGUUGCUCAACGGAGGACAUGCUGCUAUGGCUUUCCUUGCCUACCUCGCUGGCUUCACCUAUGUCCACGAAGUCAUCGCCUCGCCCCUUUUCGCCCAAUACAUCAACGACCUCAUGCACCUCGAAGUCAAGCCGCUCCUCCCACAAAUUCCCGGCGUCGACGUAGAUGACUACAUCAACACCCUCCACUCCCGUUUCUCCAACCCCACAUUGAAGGACGAGGUCUCUCGUAUCGCCCUCGGUGGAUCCGGAAAGAUGCCCCAGUUCAUCAUUCCAUCCAUCGCCGAGCAGAUCCAGUCUCGAGGACCGAUCGGCCGCCUCACACUCUGCGUUGCCGCAUGGUUCCGCUACCUCAACGGUAUCGACGAGAACGGCAAGCCCUUCAAGAUCGACGACCCUAUGGCCGACGAGCUCCAAGCCCUCGCCCGCGAGGGUGGCGCCAGCCCCAACGCCUUGCUCGGCGUGCAGAACCUCUUCGGUGACGACCUCCGCUACGACGGUCGUUUCGUGCGUGAGAUCACCAUGGCGAUGCGAACACUCGACCGACGAGGUGCCUACAAGACCCUCGAGAAGUACGUCGACGUGCCAGAGAGCGACAAGGUCUCUCUCGCUGGCUCCAGCGGCUCGGCCAGCGGCGUGCACACCCGCGACUCGUCCCGGACACGCGAGGACUUCAAGCAGAAGAUGCAGGAGGAGGAGAUCAACAGCCUCAGGCAGCAGGUCAUCGACCUCACGCUCGAGAAGAAGCGUCUCGCUGCCAAGCUCAACGAUAUCUGGAAGCUUGCUGCUGUUUAUUAG